CUCUCUCACACACAACCCGCCUCUCUCCACGCGAAGCACACAGCACCGCCACCCACGCCAAUCAUCUAUCGACGUGCUUCGAUACGCCCGAGAUUGGAAUCCCUCCUGCGGACAACUCUGAAGUCAAUCACAAACCACGAGGGCGGGAUCACAGCGUGCAGCCGCCACACCACACGCACACAGCAGCAGGGCAACGAUGGUUAUGGUGUCUGCCGCGAUUCGCCCGCUCGGCCUGGUCGUCUUAGCUGCUCUCGCAGCGUCUACUUCAGCACAGUCGGGAUCGAACUGCGAAGUCAGCGACCUCGAUGAGUACGAGUUCAUGCACUCUCCAACCCACGGAUUCAUCAUCUACUGGACGCACGACACGGACACAGUCUCCUUCAUGGUGGAGGCCGAGUCCGAGCAAUGGACGGCGGUAGGGUUCUCGCCGGACGGAGACAUGGUCGGGUCGGACGCCGUCAUCUACCGCCCGGAGGACGAAGAAGUUUCGGAACAGUUUCUCGACGCACAGUCGGAGGUGGUCCUUGACAGGGAUGAGGACGACCGCGACACGGACGAGCUUAGCGACAUCGAGUUCUCGCAGGACGGGGACGACACGACCUUUUCCUUCACCCGCAACACCACGCCCGACAGCUCGCUCAAGCAAACCCUCCCGGAGGAGCCGGGCUCGCAGAUCCACCUCAUCUGGGCCCUGGGAAACGACAACGCCUUCGGGUACCACGGGCAGUCCUCCCGCGGGAGCUUCCAGGUAGACCUCUUCUGCCCCGGAGCUGACGGGACGCCGGCCCCGAGCGCGGCGGCCACCGUUUCGCCCACCGUCGGGGGUCGAACGCCGGCACCCAGCACCGCCGCAGGAGCAACACCGGCACCCACUGAAGGGGUGGCAACCACGCCAGCACCCAGCACCGCCGCAGGAGCAACGCCGGCACCCACUGCGGCGGUGGCAACCACGCCGGCACCCAGCACCGCCGCAGGAGCAACGCCGGCGCCCGCCGCCAUUCCUGCAACAACCACGGCGCCCGCCGCCGCCGACGUUGCCGCAACGCCGCAGCCCACCGCUGGGUCGAGGUCGAUUGGUACGACGUCUCCCUCUGCCACGGUCACAACCGCCCCGACGGAAGACAUUACCACGCUGACUCCGGAAGGUGUCUUUGUGCCAAUAUCGACGUCUUCACCUUCAGCAAGCCCGACUGCCGCGCCUACGGUAGCCGCAUCUGAACGCCGAGCCACGCGGGCGCCAAUCUCGGAGGAUGGCUCGUCGGCCGCUCCCACCGCUGGCUCGCGGGACGUUCGAUACGUGAGCGCGGCGCCGUCGCUAGGGUGGGAGCUCGUUAGCGGGGCUUCGCAGGGGGGGGGGUGGGCUGCGAGCCGUGUGGUGGUAGCGUCGGCGGUUACGGUCGUUUGCUUGGGCUUCGCCUUGGUCGUGGUCAUCUAAAACGACAACAGGGGGGGUGGGGACAAGACGGGCGCGUGAUGUUUUCUAGGACGCGUUUAGGGCGUUGCGUGCCUUCUUGUCCGCAGGGGAAGAGCAACCAGAAUGUUGGGAUCGUUUCUGGGCGAUCGCGGGGUAACUCGAUGACCCCUGGGCGUGGGCGGGCGGUGGGCAGUAGAACCGCCGAGCGUAUAGCGGUCGGCAAGUAUGCCUGGGGUGCGAGACAAUCGAUGUGAAUAGUGUGGUGUCGAUUGCCGGUUUGCGGGGGGUUGGGUGGGGUGGUGGAGUACUUGUGUGUUCGGGAGGGAGGUCGGGAUCUCCUGCGGAACCGGAGAGAAGAAGAGCCGAUUUGAUCGGUGCCAGGUAGGUAUGUUCAUGGGACGUGUCACACCAUUUGCACUACACGUUCGGCUAGUCUAUACCUUCAUCGGCUUCAAACAGGGACGCCGUUGUUAUCGAAGACUUGCUCUCUGACGGAGAGCUCCUGUAGUUGUGGCGCCCGGCCAUAUUAUUGGUUGAUUGUAAUAUUUAUACGUCAAAUUCCGCCUAGAGGACGUCGUCUAUUUUUCACCGUCCGGGCGCUUCCGCUCAUGGAAUGAAUGUUGAUUUUUUUUUAUAGAAAGCCGAUGACCCGUCAACGCUUUGGCGUGGUGGGUCCUUCAAGGCGGCUGGGACAAAUAUUUGCUGAGGUUUUCGCCGCACGUAUGUAUGCUAGGCAUUUAUCACACUUUGCUCUAGGCGAGGGGGUCGUCUAUCCUUUCGUUCUCGUGUGUUGAUUGGUUGGUGAGUUGUUUGUGCGUUGUCUUGACGGGGAGUGCGGUGCGGUGAAUGGAGUUCCGAGUGUGUGUGUGCGUGGAUGUCAUGCGGAGUGCGCCAGCUGAGUAUUGUUCAGGAAAAUCAAUUGGAGUACAACGUGGCAGAGUUUCAGGCAACUAAUUACUCACGACACCUGAUUUUGGAUGUCUAAAUUAAACCACCACACGAGAUCACGAGGCCGAU